AUGACCUUUCUCUGGGCUGUCCUUGGCUUUCUCCUCUUUGGCGGCAGCUCCGGCUGCGGGGUCCCUGCCAUCCACCCUCAGCUGAGUGGCCUGUCCCGGAUCGUCAAUGGGGAAGACGCUGUGCCCAGCUCCUGGCCCUGGCAGGUGUCCCUGCAGACCAACUCGGGCUUACACUUCUGCGGGGGUUCGCUCAUCAGCCAGGACUGGGUGCUCACCGCUGCCCACUGCAGAGUCAGGAAGAGCCACCGUGUGGUGGCUGGCGUGUCUGAUCACGGCUCUGAUGGCGAGGCUGUCCAGGUGUUGAGGAUCGCAAAGGUUUUUGAACACCCACUGUGGGACAGGAUUAUGGACACCAACGACAUCGCCCUGCUGAAGCUGGCCACGCCUGCCCUGCUCUCCAGCACUGUGUCCCCUGUGUGCCUGCCCAGCGCCAAUGCCAGCUUCACCCCGGGCUCCGUCUGCGCCACCACGGGCUGGGGCAAGACCCAGUACAACUCCUACAAGACCCCCGACAAGCUGCAGCAGGCGGCCCUGCCCCUCCUGUCCAACGCCGACUGCAUGAAGUUCUGGGGCAGCAGGAUCACGAAUGUGAUGGUUUGCGCGGGUGCCAGCGGCGUGUCCUCCUGCUCGGGCGACUCUGGGGGCCCCCUGGUCUGCCAGAACGACGGAGUUUGGACCCUGGUGGGCGUCGUAUCCUGGGGCAGUAGCUGGUGCAACCCAUUCUCACCAGGGGUGUACACCCGCGUCACCAAGUUCAUUCCCUGGGUUCGUGAGGUUCUGCAGGCCAACUGA